AUGUGUUUCAUUGAGUUUGUUGGCUACACGUGCGGGCACACGUCAUUGCCUGUCCUGCGGCCGUGCCCACUGACCACGGCAAGCCACACCUUCCCGGCCUGCUCACGCCGUGGUGACAAGACUUUCUUUGCUGGCGAGAUGUGUUCCGCCUGCCAGAAGAUCGUCCACAGCCGCGCGACACAAAUUGAAGAGUAUGAACAUCGGUUCAUGCACGAGCGCGGCGUCUGUGGCUGCGAGACGGUCUUCCCGUACCUGAUCCGGCCCCGCGUGAUUGGCAGCUGUGACGGUGGUGGCAACGAGCACGCAGUCACUAGCUACCAUGCCGGCGACUCUCAUGGCAGAACAGAUGUCUGGGCGGGCGAUGGCGCCGACAGUACCUCCGAAACGUCCGAAAUCCCGGAGACCACCGAGAUUCAGUUGCCGCCGUUACUUUGCGAGGCCAUAGAUCCCGGUGGGCGCACGACUGUGUCCGUCCGUCUCUCCAGCUUGUACGCGGCCGAGUGGGUCGCUGACCACCGCGCGCGCCAUGAUACCGGUCUCUGUCAGUGUCGCGUCGACUUUCGAACCUAUAAGGAGGCCAAAUGUGAUGAGAUCGAACGGUCCGAGGUCGGGACAGGCGAGACCCAAGCCGAGAACGACACUGGAGCGUCACGAUCUCUCCGUCGAGCAGUCUCCAUGUCGGUGAUAUCUUCCAGCAGCGGCAGCGAAGAAAUCACAACCCCGGUGCGGCAACUCACACGCAGCAGCUCGCACGACGACUUUUCGUACUUCUUGGCUGGAGACGGUCAGCAGGCCAAUGCCUCCAAGGGCCUUGUGACCGCUGCGGGCGCAUUGCAAGAUGCACUGUACGACGCCCAGGGCAGCCAGGACCACGUCGUGCAGGAGGACGGAUUUGUCGUAGCCCACACACCAAUUACACCACUCCCCAGCAAGAGCGUGCGCUACGGAGGCGCUGUCUUUGCCGAGGUGCCCGAGUAUCUCCGGCUUAUGGGGCCUUUCUUAUCCCAGCCAUCUCCAUACGCCCCCGGUAGCAGCGACCAGGCGAUGAUGCUCGAUUGUGUUCUCGACGAGACUGGUGGGGAGUUGACCCUGGUCGAAGGGCACAGGAAUGAAGGAUUUAGCAGGGGAGCCGACCUCGUCCAGAACCAGUCCAGACAGUCAAGCGGACGGCCCCGGGCCCGGACGAUGGCCAAUAUGAAAGAGCACCACGAGCAGCAAGCCCGCAUGAGAGUUCCACUUGUCGGUUUUCCCAUUGGAGCAGGCCCGGAAGGUGUCUCCCACGGAAUCCCGUGGCGCAAUCGACCUUCGUGUUGGAGACGCUCCUGA